ACUGCUGACGCUGCUCCUCCUCAGACUGUUGUCCCUGCACCUCCUCAGACUGUUGUCCCUGCUUCUCCUCAGACUGUGGUCCCUGCCCCUCCUCAGCCUAUUGUCCCUGCACUUCUUCAGACUGUUGUCCCUGCUCCUCCUCAGACUGUUGUCCCUGCUCCUCCUCUGACUGUUGUCCCUGCCCCCCCUCAGACUGUUGCCCCUGCACCUCUUCAGAGUGUUGUCCCUGCACCUCUUCAGACUGUCGCCCCUGCUCCUCCUCAGAGUGUUGUCCCUACACCUCCUCAGCAGAUCUGUACUGUUCCAAUUCAGCUGGUACCUCAGACUCCUCCCCCCUCCUUGCCCCGCCCCCCACCCGCCCCCCCCACCCCCCCCGGUGUCCGCUCCUGUUCUCUUACCACAGUGACACCUUCUCCUGCUGCUCCUCCUCUCAGACUGAGCAUCCCUCCUGCCACACCUGCUCCCUCUGACAGGUGCGUCUCCUCAAUUCAAAACCUUGGUUUAGCCCCGCCCCCCUCCAGACCAACCAAUCAGCAAACUGCUUCCUCCUCGUCGAGCCUACCAGCUCCUUCCCCCAGUGACCAUAACUACACCUUUUUAAAUCUCCACCCCUCCAUGAAACUGACCCCUGAGUCCGCCCCCAAAAAGCCUCCCAAAGCCCUACCCAGAAGGAGGAAACGGGGGAGGGGGGAGGAGCAGCUGAGCCUGACGAGCAGCCAGGAGGACUCAGGUGUGAAUGGGGCAGGUGCAGGUGUGAGCCAGGAUGGAAAGAGGGUUCGAACCCCGUCCCAGAAGGCCAGAGCUUUACAGGAAGCUAAGGCUGAAGCCAAAAAGAAGAAGAGCAGAACUUCUUUUUCUCCUUGUAAGAAGCGCUCUCGUAGGUCAAAAGAAGAGGUGGUGGGACAGAACCAGUCAGGGCUCCAGUUGCUCCCCGGUCAGUCCAUGUUGGUCAUGACUCCUGGUGGGCUGGUCCAGUUGGCCGCACCGACCACAGGACAGCAGCUGGUGGCAGUAGCUCCACCCAGGAAUGUUUCAAAUUGCCAGAAGGCCACGCCCCCUCGGCGACGCAUCGCUGGCCACCUGCGAUCCAUCGCCCCUCAACCCACCGUCGCCGUCCCUGUGAGCCUUCCUGUUCUGAAUCUGUCACUUCCCAUACCCGCCCUGCCCACCUGCAAACCCCUCCCCCCAGCCUUCCUCCUGCAGCCUGUCUCAAACCCCGACUCCUCCCCCAUGACCUCCUGCCUUCCCCAACCUCCCCCCAAACUCUUCCUGCCCUACAAGGGCACAGUCAGAGCAGACCCGACGGCGCCUCCUCCCCUUAGGAGGGAGGCGCUGCAGUUUGACCCCUCCCUCAUGUUCCUGGAGUCCCCGAAAGCGGUGCGUGAUUGGCUGAGUGGUUGUGGAGGCGUGGUGAUACCUGGAGCAGGCGUGUCUCUCCCCUAUCUGCCGCCGUUUGUCAGCAGUUUGAGAAUGUUAAGUGCGCUGCUGCGAGCCAAAGACGCCCUGACCACCUCCGCCCUGCAGCUGCUGAGCCAAGGGUCUGCACCCCGACACCCGCCGCCAAAACCCAGACCUGAUGGCACCCAGACCACCACACCCAGACCCGACUGCUCCACCCAGACCACCACACCCAGACCUGACUGCUCCACCCAGACCAUCACACCCAGACCAGACUGCUCCACCCAGACCACCACGCCCAGAACUGGUCGAACCUCCCAGACCACAUCCAGUCCGCCACUGGACUUGCCAGACUCCACCUCUGACCUCAGAUCCACUCAGGACACACAAGCUCCCUCUGUCAGCUCUGACCUGCUGCAGGAGGAGGAGGCGGAGCUUGUUGCGGUGACACGUCAGCUGGUGGUGGAACGUUUCUCAGAUAACCCCGCCUACCAGCUGCUGAAGGCCCGUUUCCUGUCCUGCUUCACUGUCCCCGCCCUCCUGGCCACCUUGCAGCCAGUCAGAGAGAAGACUAUUGCCCACCCAGCCAAUGAGGAGGAGGAGGAGGAGGAGGAGGAGGAGGAGGUGAUCAAUCUGAACACGUCUAAAGACCGAGCACAACAGAGGAGAGCUGAG